CGCAGACGGCGAUAUCCGCACACCGGUCAUCACUUCUCCAACAGGAUAACCGGAGCCGCACUAUUGGAAUCCUUCAGAAUCUACCCCAUGGGGUAGAUUCGGCGGAGCAGCUUUUAAAGCUGCGCUGUCGCGGUUACUCGAUUUCGGUUCUCGCUCGUUCUCCAUAUCUCCAACGUUCCGAACCUUCACUAUCGGUGCAAUGGAGAAGCAGACCAUCGACCUCGAAGAGACUCAAGAAAUGGAGAAAUCUCAGCUCCAGCAUGAGCAGCCCGACCCGGAUGCCGACGAGGAGUUCUCCUACGCCGAACAGCGCAAGAUCAUCCACAAGGUUGACCGCCGCUUGCUUAUCAUUGCUGGUCUGAUGCAGGCUGUUUCGUUCCUGGAUCGCGCGAAUAUGUCCAAUGCGGCCGUUGCGGGGAUGACGGCGGAGUUGGGGAUGGAGUUUGGGAAUCGCUAUUCAAUUACGCUGCUUGUCUUCUUUGCACCGUACAUCGUGUUCGAGUUUCCUGCUACGAUUGCUGUUCGUAAAAUCGGACCGCGAAAAUUCCUCUCGACCAUUGUGCUACUCUGGGGAAUUAUCAUGAUGUGCUUUGGCUUCGUGCAAUCCUGGGUCUCCCUCAUCCCGCUGCGCAUGCUCCUCGGUGCCCUUGAAGCCGGCUCUUUUCCCGGAAUGUACUACCUCGUAUCAUCCUGGUACUCGCGCUUCGACCUGUAUAAACGCAUUUCCAUCUUCUACCUUAUCGGCGUCCUGGGCUCCGCAGCCUCAGGCGUUCUCGCACUCGGCUUCUCGCGAAUGGACGAACUCGCCAACUACUCCGGCUGGCGCUGGAUAUUCAUCAUGGAGGGGAUUCUCACCUGUCUUAUUGGUCUACUGGGAUACGUCUUCAUGGUGAGCUUCCCGAGCCAGUGCCAUCAGGUGCGCUGGUUCCUCACGCCGCAGGAGAGCGCGUAUAUCCUGCGACGGCUGGAUCGCGACCGCGGCGAUGCAGAUGUCGAGGGUGAGAAGUUCAAUUGGAGGGCGUUUCUCAGUGCAGGACUCGAGUUCAAGGUCUGGGGGUUUGCGCUUGCGUUUUUGUGCUCCACAAUGCAAGCCUACUCAAUCGGCUUCUUCCUCCCCGUCCUACUCAAACAGAAAAUGUCCUUCUCCGAAGCCGCCUCGCAAGCCCUCAGCUCCCCGCCCUACCUCGCCGCCAUGGCCCUGAUGUACAUCGAAGGCCUGGUCAGCGACAAACUCCGCCUCCGGUCUCCAAUGUUGUAUCUCAACUGCGCCAUGUCUAUCAUCGGUCUCUGCCUGAUGGAAUGGGCACCGAGUGCAGGCGUGCAGUAUCUCGGCGCGAUCCUAGUCUGCGCGGGCUGCAGCGCGAAUAUACCCUCGCUGAUGGUGUUCCAGGCGAACAAUAUCCGGGGCCAGUGGAAGCGGGCGUUCUGUAGUGCGAGUCUGAUUAGUUUUGGGGGUACAGGUGGGAUUGUGGGCAGUUUGGUGUUUCGGAGUCAGGAUAAGGCGUUGUAUUUGCCGGGGAUUGUGGCGUGUUUGGUGGCGAACGGUGUCAUUGUCAUCAUUGUAACCUGUCUCGUGCUCUUUUUCAUGAUCAAGAACCGGCAGGCGGAAAAGGGACUCGCGCUUAUUGAGGGCUUGCAAAGCUUCAGAUAUGUCCUGUGAGCUUAAGCUUAAACCAGGGGCAACGAAUGAGGUUUAGACGAAAAGGCCCAUGCGGUAAAAUCAGACGCAGUCAUAGAAUGUAUUUAGCUAGAUGACAACAUCUCCUAGUACAAAGAUACGGCGUGGAGCAGAAAAUGGCUCCCUAUCCAGCCAUCACGCAUCGGAUCUCGGC